AUGGACGCGUUUGCUGCCUACGAGAGUGGAAGCGACGAAGAGCCCGCCAAGACGUCCGCGCAGCCGCAGGGAGGCAGCAGCAAGCCUAGGAGAACUCUGACCUUACCUCUACCUUCCUUGAAACAUCCUCCCGCAAGCACUACAGCAGAUGACGACGAUGAUGACGAGGAGGAUGAGAAACUUUUCCGCAGCUCUCGGAGAGGAGGAGGACUUCUGGCCAGCCUCCCUGCUCCCAAGAACGACACAUCCACUGUUCGACAGCUCGUGUCAACAAAAGCAGAUAGCGACAUCUUCGAAGAUCUGGCACUGAAGAAGAAAAAGAAGCCUUCUCAUCUCGCCGCCGCCAUCUUCGAGAAGAGAGUGCAGGACACCCGCGAGAACGAGGACAAGGCGAGAGCAGCCGAGCUAGAAGCACAGGAGGAGGCUCAACAGGAGGAGCUGCAGCCUGUAGAGCCGCUUCCGGAGGGCUGGGCAGCUGCGUGGGAUGAAGCGAGUGGAGCUUUCUACUACUACCACACGAGUGGAGUCACGCAGUGGGAGCAUCCCUCACAUCCCAGCGAGGACGCGGGGGCCUCGGCGCACCUGCCGGAGGAGCUGCAGCGCGAGCUCAAGAUGCAGGCGAAGAGGGCGAUGGCGAAGGGAGAGGAGGUGGUGCCGCAGGAGAUCGCUCCUGUCGCCGUCACAGUGGCGGACAUGAUGGCGGGUGAGAAGCAUGGCCAGUAUAUCAGCUAUGCAGCUGCCUACCACACGCCGAUGAAGGUGACGGGGACGACGUCGAUGAUGGCUAAGAGGAAGCAUCACAUCACAGAUGUCCUCCAUCAGGCUGCUGCCAACGAGUUGGAGUAUCUCGAGCGAGCUGCUGAGAGCAAGAGGAACAGGCAGCAAGUCAACUCUCGCUAUGGAUGGUGA